AUGCAGCUGCGGAUUGGAAUGCAACAUACGCUGUUUGAGUCAUGUAGGGAUGGUGGGCUGAAUUGGUCACAUUCGAGCACAUCGGCAGCACAUGGUAAUGUAUCCGCCAUGAUGGACGUCGCACACACUGGCAGUGGACAAUUUUGCUAUCCUUGCCAGUUUUUUCUCUUCUUUCUUGUCUUUGCACUUUGCAGCGUGCCACGCCAGAACUUGGUGGGCAAGCCAACACGAGCAAGUGAUUUCGUGCAGAUGCUGUGUGGACCUACCGGCCAUCGCCUACGGGUGCAAGGGCGGCUUAUUUCUUUUCAUGACUAA